AUGGAGCUCGACGCCGCCGGGGCCCGGAUGGAGCUUGACGCCGCCGGGGCCUGGGGAUGGAGCUUGCGCCUUGCUGGGGGAGGCGGGAGGCCAGAGGCGUGGGGUGCAGGCGGUCGGGCGACGGGCGCAGCUGCGGCUGGGGACUGGGGUCGGAGGAACCUUUUCCCUCCGCUCGUCUGCUUCAAAUGGCCAUGGAACUCCAGCCCUAACCCAUCGCCGAAUCCCAGCCCCAACCCCUGCGGCGACCUCGAGCUCCCCUGGCUCCUCAAGUCCGUCCGCACCCUCGCGCAGGGCCUCCUCAUCGCCGGCGAUCUCCCCGCUCCCGCCUCUGUCGGCGGAGGCGGAGGUGGAGGAAGGGGACGGAAGCUGCACACCGGCGGCGCGACGGUGGAGGUGGACCGAGGGGACGCGGAGCAGCGGGCCCUGGCGGCGGCGCUGUCGAGCGGGAGGCCCGCGACGGUGCUGGAGUUCUACUCGCCGCGGUGCCGCCUGUGCGCAUCGCUGCAGGGCCUCGUGCGGGAGCUUGAGGACGGCGCCGGUGGUUCGGCCAGCUUCGUGCUCGCCGACGCCGAGGACGACCGGUGGCUCCCCGAGCUACUCCAUUACGAUAUCAGAUAUGUCCCCUGCUUUGUGCUUCUGGACAAGCAUGGCAGAGCUUUAGCGAAGACGGGAGUACCAACCAGCAGGCAGCACGUUAUCGCCGGUCUCCAUCACCUCCUGAAGAUGGAGCAGCCAUCUGGGCGUGAAGGAAACCAGAGCGUGCCUCCAUCAUGAAGCAGGUUCUUUAACAAGAUCCGCAAUAGCAAAGCGAAAUUUCACAAAGUGCAUUUGUCUAGCAAGCAUAUAAAUGAGUUGAUACUUCAAUCCUUUAGCUGAUUAAUAGUGUAUGUUUAUUUUUUUUUCUAGGUGUGAAAGCAGUGGAUAUUUUCCUUUCGCUGGGUUGUAGCGAUCAUAGCCUCUCUGUUUUUCUUUCAUAUAUUUUCUUGGAGAAUUAUCGGUUAUUCAUUUAAUGGCUGCAGUGUUUUGAACCAGCAAAUGUUAUGGCAUAUUGGCAUGUGUUCUUAUCGAUGUGCAAUGUCAUGUUUAGUACUGUGUGUGUGGAAGCCAAGCCUCAUCACCAGUGACAGAGUGGGGCUUUGAGCCUAGGUGAUUCCAUGCUGUAUAAUUCUUGAAGC